AUGGAUGGUAAUAAAAUAAUAACCGAGGAAAAUGAAAAUGAUUUCGUUUUUAAAUUAAAGGUAUUGUUCAAUCAGUUGGUUCAUAUUCCAACAAUGCUUGCAACACUUAAAAAUGAAAUUUCCCCCAAUUUUUUGAAAAGGAAAACAAAUAAAUUAAAUUUA